AUGUCGCUCUUCGGUAGUCUGGGCGCCUCGACUGGCGGAAACCAGCAGCAGGCCAGCACGGGAGGAGGCCUUUUUGGACAGCAGAACAACACGAACACCCAACAAACGAGCUCGACGCCUGCUUCGGGCGGUCUUUUCGGGAACAUUGGACAGAACAAGCCUCAGACAGGUGGUGGGUUGUUUGGUGGCGGUGCUGCUACAAGUGCACAAUUGGCAUCAGGAUCGUCGCUGUUUGGCCAGCCGCAACAACAGCAGGGCCAGCAGCAGCAGCAGUCGGGAGGACUCAGCCUGGGAGGCUUGGGGGGACUGGGAACAUCGACGGCCCAGAAGCCAUCUCUCUUCGGCGGACUUGGCGGCCUCGGCGGCAACCAGCAGAACCAGAAUCAAACCCAGACGACCGGCUCGGCCUUUGGUCAAACCAAUUCCAACACCCUCGGUAGCUCUCUGUUUUCGCAGCAGCAGCAGCAGCAGCAGCAGCAGAACCAGAACACCAACGACCAGUCACAAUCCAAGCAAGGCCAGCUGUCUGGCGCAUACUUUGACAGCCUCUUCGCUAAAAGCAAGAAGCAGGGAGAUGGCGAAAACGGCAUGGAGGACCUCCCCAGCCUGCAAUUGGGCCUGGGUGACCUGCGCCAGCGCUUGAAGAAGCUGGGGACAAAGGCACAGGAGCGUCCUUCGGACGGCAGAGCUCACUACCUUCUGGCCGCUUCUGGCGUUGACCCCGGAAUGGCUGCCAAGGACCUCGGCUCCCUCGACUUGCAGACUGGCCGUGUCGAGAGACCGUCCGGCUACUCCCCCGCCGAGAUUGACGUCGAAACAUACCUUGCGAACCUGCAAACGAAAACGACCAUGAGCAUGAUCGCCGACGGCCUCGAGAGAUCUGUUCGCGAUUUUGACAAUUUCUUGGAGGACAACGUGACAAUGGAAUGGGAGGCGCAGCGCAAGCGCAUUUACGAGCACUUCGGGAUCAAGGCCCGGGAAGAGUCUUCUUUUGGACCUGCGGCAUCGAUGAGAGAGUCGACGGGUGGCUUUGGUCGUUCGCGACGGAGCAAGAGCCAGGCGACUGGAGCCCGGUCUGGUAGGGCCAGCGUGUUGGGCAAGUCGAGCAUGCACCGCUCCGUCAUCGGUAACGCGACCAAGAUUGGUUCUCACCAGCCCGAGUUUUCUGACGUCGACCGUUCUGCCGAUAAUGGCGGUUCUUUGACCGGCCACAUCAACUCCGACGACAGGUCCCUGCGCGAGAAGCAGAGCAAACUUUCCGAGAAGAUCCGCAGCCUCAACCAGGCUCGCCUCGUCUCUCACCCUUACCCCAUUCUGUCAGAGCUCGCCGACGUCGAGCACCGGUCUCUUGACCCGUAUGCGCCGCAUAUUGUUGAGGCGUAUCACGCUGUGCGAGAGAUUGUCGGAGAGGACCCUGAGGCCGAUACGACCAUCAACGGUGCCACAGCCAAGGAGCGUCAAUUCGCCAAGAUGUAUCUGGACGAAGCCCCCAACUCUUCCAGCUCGAUAUCUAUGCGGAAGAGAUUGCUGGACGGUGCCAACAGAUAUCUGGAGAAGCAGUUCCUGCAAGAGGUCGAGGCGCUCAUCUCAAAACACCCCCACGAGGCCAACCUCGGAGGCCGCCCCGAUAUUGUCAGCAAGAUUCGGGCCUAUAUCCGUCUGCGGUCCGCAAGGAAGGACCUGGUACCCGACAAUACGGAACUCCAGCAAGUUGGAGGCGAGUAUGUGUGGGCUACCGUCUUCUACCUGCUGCGGUCUGGUCACGUCAGCGAGGCUGCGAAGUACGUCAAUGAUAACGCCAAUCCCUUCCGCAGCAUCGACCGUACGUUCCAGAGCUAUCUGAAUGGUUACGCCUCGAACGAGGACCGUCGCUUGAAGCGGACGCUGCAGGACAGAUGCAAUGCCGAGUACAGCCAGCGUGUGCGCAACGCCCCCGACAACUCCAUCGACCCCUUCCGGAUGGCUUGUUACAAGAUUAUUGGUCGCUGCGACUUAAACAACCGGAGCUUGGAUGGACUCAACACAGACAUCAACGACUGGAUCUGGCUCCAGUUCAACCUUGCCAGAGAGGGCGACCGCUCUGUCGAGGUAGCUAGCGAGGCUUACGGUCUCUCGGAACUGCAGUCGAGCAUCAAGGAGAUUGGUGCUAAGCACUUCCCCAAGUCCUCUUCCGAGGACAACAGUGGCAGUUUCGGCAUGUUCUUCUACCUUCAGGUGCUGUCAGGCAUGUUCGAGGAGGCCAUUGCGUACCUCUACCCAUUUUCCUAUGUCGACGCAGUCCACUUCGCCAUUGCCCUCGAGUACUACGGUCUCCUCCGGCCUUCCGACCCCUUCAGCGCUUCCAACGACCUGCGCAGCCUGAACGUCAAGGACAUGGUCCAGAUCAACUUCGGCAGAAUGAUUGGCUACUACACCAGGGACUUCAGAGCAGCCGACGUUGUGUCCGCCGUUGACUACCUGACCCUCAUUUGCCUCAACAUGGACCUGCCCGGCGAGGCCGGCCGCCGCCACGCCAAUCUUUGCUGGGAGGCCCUGCGCGAGCUGAUACUCGAGACUCGCGAGUUCAGCAAGCUCAUCGGCGACAUCCGCCCUGACGGCCAGCGGAUCCGCGGCAUAAUUGAGGAGCGCGGCUCGCUCAUCGGCCUGACGGAGGAGAACGACUUCAUCAACACCGUCACCGUCCAGGCCGCCAGCUUCGCCGACGAGAACGGCCGCACCACUGACUCGGUCCUGCUCUACCACCUGGCCGGCGAGUACGAUACUGUCGUCUCCAUCGUCAGCCGCGCGCUCAGCGAGGCCAUUUCACUCGAGAUUGGUGAGGACCCCAUGCGUCUUAUGCCUGUCAAGCCCCGUGCUGCCGGCCAAGAGGCCGAGACUGGCAGCAGCCUGAGCCUGGCGUCCAUCGACGACCCCGUCGAGCUCGCCCGUACUAUGAUGUCCAUGUACGAGCGCGACGCCAUGUUCCACCGCAAGAUCCAGGAGCAAAACAGGGUUGCCUGCCGUGUCCUUCUCGAGAUGAGCACCAUCAAGUCCCUUGUCGAAGCCGGUCAGUGGGCCCAAUGCCUAGACAAAAUCCGCGGCCUUGAGAUCCUUCCCCUUGACGCCAGCGGCGACCCGAGCAUCAUCCGCGCCUACGCCGCAAAGUUCUCCGGCCUCUCCCAGCCCGUCUCCAUCAACGUGCCCAACCUGCUCAUGUGGACCAUCAUCUGCUGCACGCGCCAGCGCGACGAGCUCACAGGCGGCCAGUUCAGCGGCAACGAGGGCACCCGCCGCAUGAUGGUCGAGCAGAUGAAGCAGAUGACGCUCGACCUCACCACCUACACGUCGCAGCUGCGCUACCGCUUCCCGCCGCACCUGCACGAGGCCCUGGCCAGGGCCUCUGCCGAGUAG